AGUUUAGGAGGGGUGUGAGUGUGUGUAUGUGUAUGUGUGUGUGUGUCUUGUGUGCAUAUGUGUGUGUGUGUAUCGCUCGGCUUUAAGACGCUGUCAUGGCAGUGCAGUGUGCCAGAUGUGUGUGUCACUAGCUCGCCUCUGGUCAGAUAGUUAGGACUCGGCGUACAGCGCGGAGGCUCUCGCUUCGUCCGGCCGCUUUUGAACCGAUAUCCACAGGCAGACCAACGUCGUCUGCGCACACACUUUUCUCUUAAAGGAGGAUUACGCUCAUCAUUGGAGACAAGAGUGAUCGCUGUGUGUUUGCUGUGCUUGUUGAACAGGCUCCGUGUCUCCCUGCUGAAGGAAAUGGCUAGUCGGGAGAGGGAGAGAGGCGCGCGCCGGCUCCACAGCGCAGGAAACCGGAGCUGAACGCACGCGCGCGCGGCGCCCUGUAGCUACUUCACCCGCUUCUUCAGCUGAUUUUUUUUUUUAUUUCUGUUUCCUUCGAUCAAAACGACGCUCCAGGGAGCGGAUUUUACCACAGAGGAUUCUUCUUACUUUCGAUUUUUUCAAGUUUGUUUUUUUUGUAUUUUUUUUAUUUCCAAAAAAUAACUAAACACAAGGACGCGAGGAUGCAUGUUGGAUUAGCGCUGAUCCUCUUAACGGGAAUCUUUGUCAAAGCGAGAGCUAUCAAACCUGUUCCAGACCAAUGUGGGGGAAACAUCCGGAUCAACAGUGCCAACUACCUGACCUCCCCGGGAUACCCGACCUCGUACCUGCCGUCGCAGCGGUGUGUGUGGGUGAUUACGGCUCCAGCACCGCACCAGCGCAUCCUCAUCAACUUCAACCCGCACUUCGACCUGGAGGACCGCGAGUGCAAAUACGACUACGUAGAAGUGAGGGAUGGAGUCGAUGAGAGCGGUCAGCUGGUGGGCAAGUACUGUGGGAAAAUCGCUCCUUCUCCUGUAGUGUCCUCCGGUAACCAACUCUUCAUCAAGUUUGUGUCAGACUAUGAGACACACGGCGCUGGAUUCUCCAUCCGUUACGAGAUUUUCAAAUCAGGUCCAGAAUGCUCAAGAAACUUCACCUCUAAAAGUGGAAUCAUCAAGUCACCUGGUUUUCCAGAGAAGUAUCCCAAUAACCUGGACUGCACCUUUAUGAUCUUCGCCCCAAAAAUGUCUGAAAUCAUCCUGGAGUUUGAGAGCUUUGAGCUGGAACCUGACACCCAGCCAACCGCCGGGGUCUUCUGCCGUUAUGACCGUGUGGAGAUCUGGGACGGUGUCCCUGGAGUUGGCCCGUACAUCGGCCGGUAUUGUGGGCAGAACACUCCAGGCCGAAUUAUCUCCUACACUGGAAUAUUGGCAUUGACAAUCAACACGGACAGUGCUAUCGCAAAGGAGGGAUUCUCCGCUAACUUCACUGUAAUGGAGAGGACUGUACCCGAGGAUUUUGACUGCAUGGAGCCAUUGGGUGUAGAGUCCGGUGAGAUUCCCUCAGAGCAGAUUGAGGCCUCGUCAGAGUAUAAUCCCAACUGGUCUGCACAGCGUUCCAGACUCAAUAACUUUGAAAAUGGCUGGACACCACUGGAAGACUCCAACAAAGAAUGGAUCCAGGUUGAUCUGGGUUUCCUGCGCUUCGUCUCAGCCAUCGGGACUCAGGGCGCCAUCUCUCAAGAAACCAAUAAAAAGUACUAUGUGAAGUCGUACAAGGUGGACGUGAGCUCCAACGGGGAAGACUGGAUCACACUGAAGGAAGGCUCCAAGCAAAAGGUUUUCCUGGGCAACACCAACCCCACAGAUGUCGUGAAGACCUUGCUGCCCAAACCCACGCUGACACGCUUCAUCCGGAUCCGACCCUACACGUGGGAGACGGGCAUUGCUCUGCGCUUUGAAGUGUACGGGUGUAAGAUCUCAGAAUACCCAUGUUCAGGCAUGCUGGGAAUGGUCUCAGGUCUAAUCGCCGAUGAUCAGAUCACCGUUUCCUCACACACGGACCGUAGCUGGGUGGCGGAGAACGCUCGGUUACUGACCAGCCGCUCAGGGUGGACUCUACUACCCCAACCACAGUCAUACAUGGAUGAAUGGCUUCAGGUGGACCUGGGUCAGGAGAAACUAGUGCGUGGACUGAUCAUCCAGGGAGGGAAGCACCGCGAGAACAAGGUCUUUAUGAAGAAGUUCCGUUUGGCCUACAGCAACAACAGCUCCGACUGGAAGAUGGUGAUGGAGGCCAACAGCAACAAACCCAAGCUUUUCGAGGGGAAUAUGAACUACGAUACGCCAGUAUUGAGGACAGUGGAGCCCAUCUUGACACGCUUUAUUAGAGUUUAUCCAGACAGAGGUACACCAGUAGGCAUGGGGUUGAGACUAGAGCUGCUGGGCUGUGAGUUUAAAGCACCCACAGUGCCUCCCACCCUGCCCGUCCCUCCGACCACACCAUCUGACGAGUGCGAUGAUGAAGCCAACUGUCACAGUGGAACAGGUGAUGACUACGAACAUACAGGUGGCACUACUGUUCCUGAGACCACUACAGAGAUGAGCCCAUUACCAGCUUUCUUGUGGUUUGCGUGUGACUUUGGCUGGGCAAACAACCCCUCGUUCUGUGGCUGGACGUCUGAGGGAGGCAGCUACCGGUGGCAGAUUCAGUCCAGUGGCACGCCCACACUAAACACUGGCCCCAGUAUGGACCACACAGGUGGCUCUGGAAACUUCAUCUACACCCUAGCGACUGGAGCGCAGAAGAAAGAAGUGGCACAGCUCGUCAGUCCGGCUGUUUUGGGUCAGGAAUCAGAUCUGUGUCUCUCCUUCUGGUAUCACAUGUUUGGCUCACACAUUGGCACACUGCACAUCAAGCAGCGUCACAAGAGCGGCAGCGAAACAGCAGAUGUGUUGCUCUGGACUGUCAGUGGACAUCAGGGCAACCGCUGGAGGGAGGCCCGGGUGCUGAUCCCACAUUCAAGCAAACCCUUCCAGGUGGUGAUAGAGGGUGUAGUGGAAGGACAGAGCUUGGGAGACAUCGCUGUGGACGACAUUAAAAUCCUGGAAAUCAACACAGGGGACUGCAAAGACCCAGAUGUCCCUACAGAACCAAUGCUACCUGAAGACUUCAGUAAAUUCCCUGUGGACAUCACCAACUUCCCGAAGAUUGUCGAGAACAAAGAGCUCAGCGGAACAGGGAACAUGCUGAAUACUCUGGACCCCAUCCUGAUUACCAUCAUCGCCAUGAGCGCACUGGGCGUCUUCCUGGGUGCCAUCUGCGGAGUGGUGCUCUACUGUGCCUGCUCUCACGGCUCCAUGGCCGACAGGAACUUAUCAGCCCUGGAGAACUAUAACUUUGAGCUGGUGGAUGGUGUCAAGCUAAAGAAGGACAAGCUUAAUUCACAGAACUCAUACUCAGAAGCAUGAGGCGCCAACCAAUUAGAGGACACCUCUCCUCAGGGAGGCGGGCUAAAAAAAAAUAUAGACUGACGGCGCUCUCCCAUUGGAUGAGGACAAAGCUCUGAGGUUCUGAGAACCAAUGGGAGGAGAACUGGGACUGAGCCGUGCUUUUCUCAGGAGCUGCAGUGAACAGAACCUACCAGUAGGGGACACUGUGUACAAAAACAUUGAAUUUGAGGUUGAAGGAGAUGGAAAAAAACAAAAAAAAACAAAAAAGAAUAUGUACAGAGGAUUUAGAUGAUUAUUUUAAUUUUUUUAUUUUAUUAUUUUUUAUUAUUUUUUAGUUGCUCAUUUUUACAAUCGGAUGCUGGUGUUGAGACCAAUAUAUGAAAAUGUUAUACGUAUUUAUCUUUUCUUUUUCUUUGUCUGGGAGGACAUUUUUAAUUUUUUUUUUUUUGUUUAAAGGAGAUGUGUUAAAAAAAUCCAAAAUGAACCAUGUCUGUUAACCCAUAAUGGGACACGUAUCUGGGGGUGUGGUUCAGUCAGUGCCUUUGGUACAUCUUUCUUGGCCUCAUUUGUUGAUUUGUAAAAAAAAAAAAAAAUUCUUUCAUCCCUUUAGUUCUGGAUCAAAAACAAACACACACACAAACAAAGGAAGAAAAAGAAAAAAAAAACAAAUAUUUUGGUCACAUGACCCUGCAAACAUGACCCGGUUUAUUCAUUGCGCUUUAAUGUUAAGAGCCCACAUAUUGUACAUACAGUAAGUUUUAAUAUAUUUUAUUGCCCUUUUGAACGAAAAUGAGUUAAAAGGACAAAAAAAGAAGCUGCAGUAUCCCUUUUUUCUUUGGUGUUGUAAAUACAAUCGUCUGACUGUUUUGUGAAGGUGAAAACGUGUGCUUUCCGUCAUGUUCGGUUACUUUAUCACAUUUCCCAGAAAUGCAGCUCAAUAUGUUAAACGCUGAUGGUUCACACACAUAAACACAAAUACAAACACGCGCACACACACACACACACACUGACACUCGUUCUCUGACAAGUUACACGCUCCAUGGAUCAUGGAUGAGGCUCUACGAGUGCUUACACUUCACCUAGAUCUCCCAGGCAUUUCCAAUUUAUGGAAACGUUCACGCACAUGUCAGCCAUACAUGAUCACUAGGUCUUAAGAUCUUAGGCUUAAAAAAAAAAAUAAAAAAUCAGGUGUAACAUGAUCUCUUUUUCUGUUUCUCUUGAAAGCUAUGUUUUGAAUGUUAGCCAUCAUGUCAGAAAAGAACAUAUCAUCAUCAUAAUCCUCCUGCAUUUAAAAUAAUCCUCUCACCUCAAAUGCACUUUGUCGCCAUCUGUUUUACAUAAAACCUGUGAAUGGGAGGUUUAUUUUAUUUCAUUUCUUAUUUUUUUCAAGAAUGGUGCUAUUGUUUUUGUCUUUGGCGAACCAUAGUAGCACAUCUCUCUUCGCUGGCCUUGUUUUUCUGAACUGCGCCCAUCCUCCUCAUUCCUCGCUGAUGUCACACGUGGUUGGUUGGUGAACGAUGUCAUCACAUCACCAUGACUUUUGCCUUGUGUAUGAUUUAAUACAAGAACCAUCACCUUGGCCCUUGCAUCUGUACCAAAGGACUGUUACAUCAAAUCACACAGGGCUGCAUACAUACAGUACAUGCAACACACAUACAUGUGCAUCAGCUCAGCUUUGUAUAAGGCACUGGACUUAGAACAGCAUAACGGACUGAUUCAAUAUCUAAAACAUUUAAUGCUGGCUUGUCAUUCAACAUCAUGCAAUGAAAUAAAAACCUAAGAACUUCAUAUCACAUGUAGUAUAACCCAGAGCACUCCAUCUCACUCCCUUUCUCUUCUCUCUUUCUCUCUCACACACACACACACACACACACACACCUAAACUGACUCAUAUUUUAAAGGUUUCUUGGUAUGUUUCUGUGCUGUGCUGUGUUCUGUGGCAAACACGUUCUCUAUUCAUUUAUCUCCAGUAGUUUGCAAUGCCAUGACCCCGUUUCUCAAUGCUACGUGUGGGUUAGCUGAAGCUAAAGGCGGACUAUAGCUUCAGUAAGGUUUAAUGAAGAAAGCAUACUGUAGCAUCAAGAAGAAAAAAAAAGAAAAAUGUUGCACUGAUAGAUAUAUUUAAAGAGGUUUAUGUGUUUAUAGCAUUCAUUUGUAAAAAACAAAAUCUUCAUUAAAAAAAAGGACAGUGUUCAUUUUUUUAUAGUUUCAGAAUAUGUAAAAAAUAAU